UCUGUGCGCACGUAAACAUUUUAUUUAUUGUUUACUUACAAACCGGUAUAGCAGCGGCGGUUAACUAUCUCCUGCUAAAUCUAACCUAGGCCUAAUCUCCUUUAUAUUACAAGAUUAUAAUUUCAGAUAGCAAAUUGUAGAUUCAGAUAGUUAGCUAAUUGAUAUCUCUUUAGAAAUGCCUGACGUAAAAAUUACACCACUUGGUGCUGGGCAAGAUGUUGGGCGUAGCUGUAUCCUUGUCUCCAUGGGUGGCAAAAACAUCAUGUUAGACUGUGGAAUGCACAUGGGAUUCAACGAUGAGAGGCGCUUCCCAGAUUUUUCCUAUAUAGUUCCAGAGGGUCCCGCAACCAGUUACAUCGACUGUGUCAUUAUCUCUCAUUUUCAUUUAGAUCAUUGUGGUGCUCUACCAUAUUUCACAGAGAUGGUAGGCUACACUGGACCAAUUUAUAUGACACAUCCGACUAAAGCUAUUGCACCAAUAUUGCUGGAGGACAUGAGAAAGGUUGCAGUUGAACGUAAGGGUGAAAGCAAUUUUUUCACAUCGCAGAUGAUAAAAGACUGCAUGAAGAAAGUUAUCGCUGUUACACUUCAUCAAUCCGUUAUGGUCGAUCCAGAAUUGGAGAUAAAAGCGUACUAUGCUGGACAUGUUCUUGGAGCGGCUAUGUUUUGGAUUCGUGUGGGAUCGCAGUCUAUCGUAUACACAGGAGAUUAUAAUAUGACGCCAGAUCGGCAUUUGGGUGCUGCAUGGAUAGACAAAUGUAGACCGGACUUAUUAAUAUCGGAGUCGACGUAUGCGACUACGAUUAGGGAUUCCAAAAGGUGCAGAGAAAGAGAUUUUCUCAAGAAAGUACAUGAAUGCAUCGACAGAGGUGGAAAGGUAUUGAUUCCUGUGUUCGCUCUCGGUCGCGCCCAAGAGCUGUGUAUACUCUUGGAAACAUAUUGGGAAAGAAUGAAUCUAAAAGUACCAGUUUAUUUCGCGCUUGGUUUGACCGAGAAGGCCAAUAAUUAUUACAAAAUGUUUAUCACUUGGACUAAUCAGAAAAUUAAGAAAACGUUCGUACAACGGAAUAUGUUUGAUUUUAAGCAUAUAAAACCGUUUGAUAAAGCGUAUAUCGAUAAUCCAGGUGCAAUGGUGGUGUUCGCCACGCCAGGAAUGUUACAUGCCGGCCUCUCCCUUCAGAUCUUUAAGAAAUGGGCACCUAAUGAGUCCAACAUGGUUAUCAUGCCGGGUUUUUGCGUGCAAGGCACCGUGGGACACAAGGUCCUGAACGGUUCACGGAGAAUCGAAUUUGAGAAUCGACAGAUCGUGGAGGUAAAGAUGGCUGUGGAAUACAUGUCCUUCUCCGCUCACGCCGACGCGAAAGGAAUAAUGCAGUUGAUACAGUAUUGCGAGCCAAAAAAUGUUAUGCUGGUUCAUGGAGAAUUUGCUAAGAUGGAAUAUUUGAAGGAAAAGAUCAAACAAGAAUUUGGUGUUAACUGUUAUAAUCCUGCAAACGGCGAAACUUGCAUUAUCACGACCACGUCCAAAGUUCCCGUAGAUGCUUCUCUAGCGCUGCUGAAAACUGAAGCUAAAAGAUACUCGGCGCUGCCACCUGAUCCAAAGAGACGGAGGCUGCUUCAUAGCGUAUUGAUGUUGAGAGAAGAUGGUGUCUGUCUUGUAGAUGCAGACGAGGUUGCAAAGGCUGCAGGUAUUACGAAACAUGUUGUCAGAUUCACAUCUACUGUGCAAGUAAGGGAUCCUGGUCCAGCACACGCUACUACCUUAAAAUUGUUACAGCCAUUGAAAGAAAGACUAUCAGGAUGGACGGUUCAAUUAACGGAUGGUUCUAUAUCAGUCGAAUCCGUUUUGGUAAAGGUAGAAGGAGAUGAAGAUGAUCAAAAAAGUGUUUACGUUUCAUGGACUAAUCAGGAUGAAGAUUUAGGCAGUUAUAUUCUCGGGUUUCUGCAAACUAUGCUGAAUUAAAUAAGUGGAGAAAAUUUCUGUCAAAAAAAGAAAAUUUCGAUCUGUGAUACAAAAAAAUGAUUUGCAUUAUCACUAUUAAAUGAUUGUAAAUCUAUUUUGCAUCACUCGAUUUGUACCUCAAUCAACAUCACAUAUAUGUAUUAUGUUGAUUGUGGUAUAAAUAUAUUUUUCAAUAAUACACUGUCAAACAUUCGAUGAUAGUUAUUUUUUUAUAUUUUGGUUUGUAUUUAGUUUAAUAGAAUAAGAUAACAAAUAUAAAAAUUACAAAACUAAAUAUGAAAAA